AUGACGGCCGCCAAGAUGGUAGCGGCCGCCGCGGUGCCCGUGGCCGCGGCCGCGACGCCGGCCAUCGCCAAGGUGCAGCUGAACCCCGCCGCUCCAGCCCACGACGGCGCCGCGUACAAGGAGGACGACCACCACGACGACCACCAGCCGGAGUCCAUCAACGACAAGCUGAAGAGCGUGGCCAAGCCCGACGACGACCACGUGGAGGACGCGCACCACGACGGCGGCGCCGCCGCCAAGCUGAGUGACCACGAGGAGCACGGCGCCAGCCCCAGCACCAGCGCCAGCACGGACAGCAAGAGCGCCGACUACCACCACCACCGCGGCCCCAGCCACUUCUCCAAGGGCGGUGAGAAGAAGCACAAGGCCGAGCAUCACUCGGCCGUCGGCUCCAAGGGCUCCAAGGGCUACAAGAAGAAGGAGGCCCACGACAGCGCCGAGGCCGGCAAGCACGGCGAGGAGUCCCACAAGGCGCACACCCAGGCCAAGAAGGGCCACAAGAAGGCGCACCUGGACCAGGACGGCAAGUACGCCGAGAAGCACGAGUCGGAGAAGGGCAAGACGGGCGCCGAGUUCGACGACAAGGGGAAGCACAAGAAGGGCCACUCCACCAAGGGCUUCCGCACCGUGCACCGCAAGGACGAGUUCAAGAAGGACGAGACCUUCUACGACGAGUCCGACAACCAAGGCCACCACGCCAAGAAGGGCGCCGUCGAGAAGCACCACCACGGCAAGAAGGGCGAGAAGCACGAGAAGAAGCACCUGGACGCCAAGCACGACGUGGCCAAGACCGCCAAGGAGGGCGAGAAGGGCCACGGCAAGCAGACGCACUCCAAGAAGGGCCACAAGGCCGAGGAGCGCGACGAGGCCAAGCACCAGCACGCCGCCAAGACGGCCAAGGAGUCCGGUGCCAAGUCCGCGCACAAGGCCGUGCACGCCAAGAAGGGCCACGACGACUACUAG